AUGCCGGAAAGUGACACAUCCAAACAAGAUUAUUUUGGCGAUUCAAGACCGCUGUCUACAGAACAAGAAACAGCUCGUCAGAAAGGAGUUAGAAGCAAUCCAGUCCAACCCGUCUCAGCCAUCCGUCCGGCACAGCACAUCAACCAAAGACCCGCAUCUGCUAGUAAUUUACCACGUAACUCAAGCACACCAUCACUUAAUAAGAAACAACCUACCCGGUUGAAGAGUCAUAAUCGAUCACUUUCACAUAAUAAAAUAUUGAACAAAUUGUCAACAUCUACGGGCUCAACUACACGACCACAUCUUAAUCGUUCCAAGUCAACCGAAGCAUUAGUAAAGAGUCGUCCAGGUGGCCCAUUGAAAAGAAGUAGUAAAUCAUAUACUAAAGUGCCUGGGAUCCAACCCCUUACUAAAGCAAUUUCAAGUCCGACAUUGAAAGCCAAUAAAUCCAAUGCAUCUUUGAAAGCAUUAGGACUCACAUCAGGUAUCGGAUUAAAAUCUAGUGCACGUAAAGGGAAAGCGAUUCUUCGAUUAAAUGAUGAUGAUGGCGAUUUUGAGGAUGUCAAUGAACAACUGGAUACCGAAGAACACAACAAUCAACCUGUACCCGAAAGAUUCGACAGUCAAGAUACUAUAUCUACAACACAUCUGCAACAAGAACAAAACAUUCCAAGUUUGUAUGAACAGAUAAAUAGAAUAUUACCAGAACCCACUCCAGCUUCUGAGGAACCUCCUAAAAUUAGUGAUAAGCUUGAAGUUGUUGAAGAAGGACAUACAGUUGAGAGUAUAGCCCCGCCAUCCGAACAAACUCAACAAGAACUCACCCAACAACAAGAAUCACGUCCAGAUCUCGUAUCAUCAGCAAGAAGUUCCACUGAUGAUUUUUCACAGAAUAAUAACUUAUACGGAGGCUCUUUAUUGUUGUCACAAUCAACCGGGUUAGUGAGAAAAAUAGACCAUCUUCAUGGUGCAAAUCUCAAGAUGACCGAAGCCUACCCUCCACUUCCUCGUAAUGAACCAAUGAAUUCUCGUCAAAUUAGUGGUAUUUCAUUUCUGGCUAAUCCUAUAGAGCCUAAUAAUGUUGCUGAACCCGUCACCACAAAUAAGAAUGUGAACCAGAAUAACUCUUAUCAACCCGAACAAACCAUUUUUAAUAAUUUGCAAAGAACAAAUAACCAAUAUAUGUCGAAUAAGAAGCAAGCCCAAGACCAACAAUAUGGCCAACAUCCAAAAUCUAAACAGGGUCAACCUCCGUCACCUUUGGGUAAUGCCAUGAAUAACGGGGCAAAUAAUUUUUCUGAUUUCCUUAAAGGUAGUCAUUCUGCGUCGUCAUCUUCUGAUCUGCAAUAUGGUCAUAAUAUUGAAACUAGAACUCAACAAAGAUUAUGGCUUCAAAGGGAAAGUUCACUUAUGGAUGUGACAAACUUGGAUGCUGCACGAAUGGCUAAUUUUUCCAACUUGUCAUUAAACAAUUUGAUGUUUGCCCAAAGUUACAAUAAUCAAAGUCAAGUUAAUAUGCGUGAUUUGCAAUUCGUAAAUCAAGUUCCACCUCAUAAUCAUCAACAACAACAGCAGCAGCAGCAGCAACAGCAACAACUUCAAUCGCAACUGCAACUUCAAUUGUCACAACACCAACAACUACCACAACAGCAACAGCAACAAUUGCAAAUGCAAAUGCAGAUGCAGAUGCAAAUGCAACAAGGAAUUUCACAACCGAUGACUCCAAUGACUCCUGGUGGUGGAAUGGAAAUGAAUGGCCAUGGUGCAUUUGCAAUGAUGCAAGGCACUUUACCAAACACCGUACAAACCAGGACUGAAUUUGAAAGAUUAAAUCGUGAAUAUUUAAAUGUUAGACGUCACUUAAACCCAAUAGGAGAAUCAUUGAAAAGAAUGGAGAGUCUUUCAGGGAGUGAACUCAAGGUGGAAAAAACCAGAAAGGGAGAUGCUAAUGGCCGAAAUACUGCUGCUGAUUCAUUUGAAGAGUUUUCUCCAUUAUUUCAAGAGAAGGAAGCCGAGAUAUCAGGUACUUUGACUAGAAUAUGGCAGGAAGCUAUAAUCUCAUCACUGUCUCCUUCUGUUACUAAAGUCAAUGUGGCAAAUCCACAGCAUCAUCCAGUUUCACAACGUUCAAUAAAUCCCCGAAUUCCUUCUUAUAACCAAACAUAUGGUUUAAGACAAAACCAAACUCCAACUACAAGAGCCGGUCAAGUGUAA